UUACAACAUGGCUACCUUCAAUGACAUUCCGCAGAAAGACUUUGGAAAGAAUCCUUUUUUACGCCAUUGAACGAUGUCUCUCUUUUAUAUUCCCCUACUGAGGAACUACAGAACGGUCUAUCAAAAUAUGCUCGGAGACUUUCUAUUACUGUUCCGGAGGGAUAUAUUACCUCUGGUUACCUUAUUGAACUUUUGGAUGGGCAGCUAUUUAACAAAACCAAACUGGCCAUCUGUUAACUCUCUAAGAAUAUCUGGCGAUUUACUUUCUGCUUUAACAAAUAGAAACCAGGGAGAACAUAGAGCCGAUAAUUGUGACACCAUUUCCCAAUACCUUCAUGCAUAUCUACCGCCUUAACAUCCAUAUCAGUCUAUCAUAUAAAUUAUAGCAGUGCCAUUCAUUCUCUAUCCAAAUUUGUCAAUUUGAAAUUGCAUCAACUCUCACAUCUAGAUAUGAUGAAAGUUCCAAUCAAUUUGACACACCAUUCAUUCUCUAGUUCACUUACUUACCUC